CUCUACCGCCGCGCCCUCAAGCUCUCCCUCGACUGGGCCGUCCACCGAUAUGUCUGGCGCGGACAGGCCAUGUACAUCCGCAGCCUAUUCGAAGCGAACAGAACCGUGAACCAACCGAGACAACAAAAGAUGCUCGUGGAGCAGACCGAAGAGUUGCUGGAGAAGUGGAAGCACCCCGACCCAUACAGACCACCUACGGCUCCUGGUGGCAGCAAGUACGAGCGCAACUUGCCUUGUCCAAACUUGGAU